AUGGACUGGCAAACUUCUCUCCAAGUUUACCAUUUAUCUGGGUAUGCACUGAUAGAGCGUGAGGGUAAAGAUGUUACGAUUACUGCAUUCUCCAAGAUGGUCGGUUAUGCUCUUGAGGUGCGUCAUGCUAUAUUUGGAUUUGACACACCGUUAGCUUUCAUUUCUCAAGGAUGUCACAUUGAGAUACUGUCCAAGGAAGGAAUCAGUGCUGAGGUGAUCAAACUCCGAUCAAUUAGGCCACUGGAUAGAGCCACCAUAAAUGCAUCUGUUAGGAAAACAAAUAGAUUGGUGACUCUUGAAGAAGGCUUCCCCCAGUAUGUUGUUGGUGCUGAGAUAUGCAUGUCUGUUGUAGAAGAAAGUUUUGAGUAUCUUGAUGCUCCAAUUGAGAGGAUUGCUGGAGCUGAUGUACCCAUGCCCUAUGCUGCCAACCUUGAGAGAUUGGUUGUUCCACAGAUUUACCCAGGUUAG